CAGUUGAUGCCCGAGCGGGCAGGCAGCGUCUGGGAUCCUCCGGAGCGCUUGGGACCAACCCACUGACGGACAUCCACUUGUUAGUUGGUCUCUGGCGGUGGGCGAGGGGAGUCGCGUCGCUCUGGCCUACCGGGAUACCUGUUGCUUUCUGCAGCCAAAUCAGAUACCAUUCGAGGAUUUACGGGUACUUUGAGCGGUCAUGAUGGUGUCGUGAAGCGAGUGUGUGACCGUAGUUCCUUUAUUCCCGAGGGAUUACCAAUUUACGAAACAAGUGUUUGUGAAUAAUUUGUGUGCACAGCCUGAAAUACCCCCUUAGUCGAGAGGAAUCUUCGCCCCCAAAAAGGAGAAUGGCAUCAAUGCCCAGACUUGACCAGACAAUGGUUCCUUUCAAUGUAACUAUACGAGGGGUUUAGGUGCAAGAGACGGGAGAGCCGCUAGGGUGAGAGACAUGGCCCUACUGAUGGACGAUAGGCUCCUCCAGCAGCCUUAUGACGGAGGGGCAGGAGGGUCGGGCCCUGUCUGCUGCCUCCAGCAUCCCUCCAACAUCCGCGGCAGGAAGACGAGCGGGAGAUGGAGUCUGUCGCUGGCCAGACUCUGGGUCUGCUGUGUCUGGGUGCUGCUCGCCACCCCCACCAACACCUGCGCUGACUCCAACGGCUGUGAUUUUUACGGAAGUGGUCUGGAGCAGGACGGUCGGGGGGUCCAACCAGUGUACCUGAGCUGCUCCUCGGGAAGAGUGGAGUGGCAGUACCCUCGAGCGGGACUGAGGGUCAUCCUCAAGUCCCCGCACAAAGGACGAGACUUCCAUGCCUGCAUCAAGGGCGAUGCUAAAUUCGAGGGUGCCAGAAUUUACCUGGAGGGCCACCGUUCCCUCCUGCCACUCUUCGCCCUCGACGAUGGUCGUCCUCGAGAGCUGGCGAGAUGCUUUACCAGCUACAAGGGCCAAGCCGCCCUCUACGUCGAGGCCGAGCAGGGCGCCGAUGAUCUCAAGAAGCAAGUGGUGGCGUUCGAGUACGACCUCCAGUCGCUCUCUAAAGGCGCUGUCUACGACCCACUCGAAGAGUGUCGGCCGUGUUCGGAAGAAGAGCUUCUUCAGCUGUACUGUGCAGCUGACUUCGUGGCUCGAGGCUCCAUAGUUGGGGUGACUGAUGACACCACACUCAGUCGCACCAUCAUCACCGUACGGGCCACCAAGCUCUUCCAGCAGACCUCUCCCAUCUUCAGGCACUCGGGGGCCCACAACCCCUCCAAGAAUGCGGAGAAGCAAGAGGAAGAAGAAUUGCUAAGCAACUUCUUGCUGGACGACGAGGGCGGGUACCUUGGUCACGUGGAAGUGCCGCUACAGUGUGGGGCGAGGGGAGGCGAAGGGGAAUUUCUAGUGAUGGGGGUGAUGCGUUUAGGGCACCCCCUUCUGCGGUGUGCCCCGAAGCAUCAGGACUGGGUACGCCUGGCUAUGAGCGCCCACACUAGCGCCCAGUGUCUUCUCGAGACGUGAGACAUCACACUCUGCCCACAGGCAUCACCGCUCCUUAUUCCUACGAACUCAUUCCAUAUUGUCGAGUCAGUAUAAACUAUAAAAGUGAACAAUUUAAGGAAUCUGGAGAGUGUGACUGGGGAACAAGACGGUGUGAAUUAUUUAACAAACUUUCAUAGCAGUAAAGACGCUAUGGCGUGUGAUUUGUAUGUUAAAUAGCCAGUCAUUUUGCUAUUUUUGGAUUGAAAACGAACAACUCGGUACAAUAUUAGACACUAAAAUUUAUUGUCACUGAUUACAUAAAGUAUAACUUUCUAGCCUACUUAGAGCUACAGAGCCAAAAAGGAAAACUAGAUGUCCUAUCACAUCCACAUCUUGUGUUCCAACUUGGCACUACAGAAAUGGUGAAGACUGACCGAUCACAAACACGUCUAUACUCGUAACAGAACAAAAACAUGUUUAAAUCCUGAAAAAAACUAGUGUUCAAACUCUUACAAAUAUAUCGCGAAAGUCCUGAAAAAAUAGAUUCAGUGUGCCUGGGGAGUCUUCCUUGUGUUUAAAGAAAUCAAUAGACAAGUAGUUGAGUGCUAAAGUGAGGUGCCUCCUGGGCGUGUACUCACCUAGGUGAACUCGUCUAGUAGUGUUGUGACACGGUUGUCAGGUGUUGAAUACUUUAGUGAUAACAUUGUUCACCAUCAGAACAGUAAUAUGAUUAAGGUGUUCAAGUUCUCUACUUGUGUUCACCCUACUUUAUAAAUCGUUUUAUUUUUCCUGAAAAAGUGCCUCUAGCCCUCAACAAUCUAUUUUUGAUCUCCAACUCAUUUCGCUCAUUAUAACUAUGUGUACAAAGUUGUUUUCUUGUAAAUUAUAUUUUUAUAAUUUAUCACUAAAAUAGCAACGUUCUAUGCUUGCGAGAUUUGCUGCGUUAAGAACUGGUUUCAAAAAUCUCUGGAGAAAACGGGCGUAAUGAGGAAUUAAAGAGGGCAAACUGAAGUAUGAUGCCCCACAUGAGGCUUUCACGUGGUACAAAUUCCAUUUACAAACACGUGGGAGGCCUUCUCUCGCUGGUGCGGGAGGUGCAAUAAUUCUCGGUGUACAAAGUUGUAGGAAUUAUCUCUUUUUAAGGUGAUUCAGAUCUUGAGGUGCCCAGUUCUGAAGUGUCCAACUCUUGGCGAGCCAAUUCUUGAGGUAGUCCAGUUCCUGAUGUGUCCAGUUCUAACGAUGCCCAAUUCUAUUGAUGUCAAUGUCUACUGACAAUGAAAGUGACUUUACUGUGAAUAUAUUUUAUUACUUUAUUGAAUAUUCUAGAUGAUGCAAUUCUAAUUGGGGUUAAUUUUUAUUGAUUUUUGCUUACCAGACAUACCUGUAACAUACCUGGAGAGGGUCUCUAUAGUUCUUUUCCCCGUGAAAUAAGAUUGGAUUGUCUAAAUUUGAGGUAGAUAUGAUUGUCUAAAGAUGAAAAUUAUAAAUAUAUGUAUACUAUGAAUGUCAUUAACUUUGGAGUUUCCCCAUUAUUUGACCUACAGAUGACCUAAAUUGAACACAAAGUUUCGCCUGUAACCUAAAGUCAAUAUAACAUUUAACUUAUGUUCAACCAUCUUUGUAAAAGUCAUACAAAUAUUGAUCUUAUUCCAUCAAAAAUUAUAAAAAUGUUAUGCAAAUUAUUUAUUUUCGUAGUGAAAAUUUAAGGAAAAAUUGAUUUUAAUUUAAAAAAUUAAAAAUGAUUACCUUAGUAUUGGUGCAUCAAUUGAGGCAAUCCCCCCCCCCCCCCCAGUGGACAAGACACAGAACUGGUCAAUGAUAAGAAGCAAGUUUUCCCGCAUAAAAAUCUUAUUUAUUCUUGUGAUGUAAAUUCGUAACCUGUGUUUUUGCUAAUCUUUUCUGCUGCGUCUCAUAACUGUAUAUUUUCCUUAUUUUCUUCUUCUUGUGUUUUUAUCUAUGAAUCUAAAGGUGCCAAUAGAUUUACCCGUGUCAAUUUUAUGUAUAUAUGUGGUGUAGAGGUAUUACAAAUAUCUAUAAAUGUGUAUAUAUAUACAACAGCUGCAAGGGCAUACUUAUUGAUUGAUCUCAGUACCGUUCCGCUUAACUGCUGUACACAUGCGUUUGUCAUUUGACAGAUGUAUAUAGGCACAGCUCGUCACUUGACGUGUGUGUACACAAGUGCACUCCUCACUUGGCAGAUGUACAGAUACGUUCGUCAAUUGACAGACGUACACAUACGUUCGUCACUUGACAGACGUACACAGAUACGUUCGUCAUUGACAGACGUACACAUACGUUCGUCACUUGACAGACGUACACAGAUACGUUCGUCACUUGACAGACGUACACAGAUACGUUCGUCACUUGACAGACGUACACAGAUACGUUCGUCACUUGACAGACGUACACAGAUACGUUCGUCACUUGACAGACGUACACAGAUACGUUCGUCACUUGACAGACGUACACAGAUACGUUCGUCACUUGACAGACGUACACAGAUACGUUCGUCACUUGACAGACGUACACAGAUACGUUCGUCAAUUGACAGAUGUACACAGAUACGUUCGUCAAUUGACAGAUGUACACAGAUACGUUCGUCAAUUGACAGAUGUACACAGAUACGCUCGUCAAUUGACAGAUGUACACAUACGUUCGUCAAUUGACAGAUGUACACAGAUACGUUCGUCACUUGACAGAUGUACAUAUGUACAUUCAACACAACCACAACUGCUCCAAUAUAAAUUUCCACUCAUUAAGUAUCAAAUCCUGUUGGUUUUCUUACCAUUAUUUCAACCAUUUAAAAAUAAAACUGUUUACCACAAAUCUGACCCCUCAAAGAAAACAUUAUUUUUAGGAUAAACUUUUAUUUUUUUAGAGAGAAAGAAGUACUGAAUGUAAGGAAGGGGGGAUCUUGCCUUUGUCUCCUACACAAUGAAACUAGUCGCGAAUUUAGAAAUUAAUUGAUUAACAAUAUGUGGUCAAGGCCUGAGUGUAUAUAACUAUUGUCACAUUGUUGUUUCAACCGUGAAUUCGUCGUGCCAAAUUAGCUUUUUCCUUCCGUUUUAUUUGUUUUGUUCUUCUGUGUUGUUUUAUCUUCUGUUUUUUUUUUGUUUUCUUUUAAUUUCAUUCUAUUAUUAUUUGUUUUUGUUAUUGAACUGUACUUAUGUAAACAUGUCUUGUCUGUAUAUAUUGUAUGAUGAUUGCAAGUGAAUAUAUUUGAAUUGAUUAAAA